AUGGAUGAAGCUGGUAAUGAGAUGGUGGAUGAAAUAAACAUGUACUAUGACUGCAGAUACAUCUCUGCAUGCGAGGCAGCUUGGAGGUUGUUUAGUUUUGAAGUCCAGUACAGAACUCUACCGGUUGAGCGAGUAAGCUUUCACUUGCCUGACUGCCAAUCAGUUGUUUUCCAAGACGAUGAUACGAUUGAUCAUGUCCUCAAUAGAGAGACCGUUGGGCAAAGUAUGUUUAAUGCAUGGUUUGUAGCCAACCAGAAGUUUAAAGAAGCGAGCUUAUUAACUUACAUUGAAAUGCCUACCAAAUUUGUGUGGAAAAAGGACAUCCGUGAAUGGCAUCCAAGAAAGAAGGGUUUCUCAAUUGGUCGAAUAUUCUAUGUACCACCAGCUUCAGGAGAAAUUUAUUAUUUAAGGUGUCUAUUGAACAUAAUCUGUGGUCCAAAAGGUUUCCAAGAUAUUAGGACAGUUAAUGGUGUUGAGUACUUGACCUUUAGAGAUGCAUGUUAUGCUCAUGGAUUGUUAGACGAUGAUAAAGAAUACAUUGAUGCUAUAAAUGAAGCAAGCUACUGGUCAACUGCACAUUCAUUGAGGAAGCUAUUUGUUGUCUUACUAACAUCCUCCUCAAUUAUUAGGCCCGAAAAUGUUUGGAAUCAAGUGUGGCAACAUUUGUGUGAAGAUGCUCAACACUAUCAAAGAAGAAUAUUAAAACAACAAGAUUUGGUCUUAACAGAGGAAGAGAAAAAGAACUUUGCAUUGUUGGAAUUGGAAAACCUUUUGGGGCAACAAAAUAAGUCUUUAAAAGACUACCCUCCGAUGCCAAUACCAAGUACUGAUAAUUCAAGGUUGUUUCAAAAUCGGUUGGUUUUUGAAGAGUUAUGUUACAAUCGUGAACAGUUGAAAGAAGAUGCUGAACUGCUAUGUGCCAAACUAACUGAAGAACAGAGUCUCAUCUAUGAUACGGUUAUACAAGACAUUGCAGACGGAAACCGGCAGGCAUUACAAGAAUUUGUCGAUUGGAUUGCUAAUGUCGGUGAUGGAAAGCUGGGUGGGCGGAAUGAUGGUUUCGCAGAGGUUGAAAUACCAAAACACAUGUUACUGUCAUCCGAAAGGGACGAUAUUAAAACAAUUGUGCACAAUACAUUUCCUAUGUUUGCAAAUGGAAACACCGACCCCGAGCAUCUGCUAGGUCGUGCUAUAUUAGCUCCAACGCUCGAUGUGGUCAACACAGUCAAUGACUAUAUGACUGAGUUGCAUAAUGCCGAAAGUAGGUCAUACUAUAGUUCAGACGCAGUAUGCAAAGCCGAUGGCGACAACGGCAUAUUUGGAGAUGUACACACACCGGAAUUUCUAAACAGCAUUAGGGUUUCAGGUCUACGAAAUCAUACACUGACUUUGAAAAUCGGUUCACUGGUAAUGUUAAUAAGAAAUAUUGACCAUUCUCUUGGUUUGUGCAAUGGAACUCGGUUGAUAAUCACAAAGCUAGCAGACCAUGUUAUUGAAGGCGAGAUUCUGACUGGACCUAACAAAGGUACAAAAGUGUUGAUCCCCCGAAUGUCAAUGUCACCCUCUGAUCCAAGAUUGCCGUUCAAGUUUCAACGAAGGCAAUUUCCAUUAAUGCUUUCAUAUGCAAUGACCAUAAACAAAAGUCAAGGACAAACGUUGACUCAUGUUGGUUUAAUACUAAAGAAACCAGUUUUUGUACACGGUCAGUUGUACGUAGCUGCAUCUCGGGUUAACAAUCCAGACGAUCUCAAAAUAUUGAUAGUCAAAGACCCAAGUUCAACUACUACAUCAACCACUAAUGUUGUAUAUCAUGAAGUUUUCAAUAAUUUGUAA